CCGUUGAAAAUCCUGUUGAGAAUGGAAUCUCAGUAACUCCCUUUGUUGAACAACUUCUUUAAUGCAAAAGGGAUGUUCCAUAUUGUUCUGUGUGCAUUGUGCUGUGAAUGUGUGGGUGCCGUACCAGUCCUUUCCCUCGACCAUGCAAGAGAAAACACCAAACAUGUAAUUAUAUAUCCUUUUUCAAGUAAAAUCCAUAUUUUGAACCCAAUAUUGUGCUCUAACAAAAAGGUAAACAUGUGCCAGUACCCUGACAUAUUCCUGUGUUCAUUUGAAUAACAAUACUUUGUUUGUCAAGAGGUAGUAUAAAAAGCUUGGGAAGCAUAUGGAAUCUCUCCAACGGAGACCAUGGGCAAGAUUGUUUUUUACGAGGACAAAAAUUUUCAAGGUCGUAGUUAUGAGUGCAGCAACGACUGCACAGACCUGCACACUUACUUCAGUCGCUGCAACUCCAUUAGAGUAGAGAGUGGCUGUUUCAUGAUCUAUGAGCGUCCAAAUUAUAUGGGCCACCAGUAUUUUAUGAAACGAGGCGAUUAUUCUGACUACCAGAGAUGGAUGGGCUUCAGUAGCUGUAUUCGAUCCUGUCGCCAGAUACCAAUGUACCGGGGACCAUACAGACUGAGGAUCUAUGAGAAGGCUGACUAUGGAGGUCACAUGAUGGAAUUCAUGGAUGACUGCCCCUGUGUGUCUGACCGUUUCCACCAUCGGCAUGUGUACUCCUGUAACGUGAUGAAUGGCUACUGGAUCUUCUAUGAAUAUCCAAACUACAGAGGGAGACAGUACUUCCUGAAACCCGGGGAAUACAGGAGAUACCGAGACUGGUGUGCUACCUGCGCCAUUGUGGGCUCCUUCAGACGAGUCACCGAUUAUUAGCCAUUCUGCUUGCACUUAUUUAUAUGAACUGUUCAUUUCCUGUUUAUAAGCAUAACUGUUUAUAAACAUUUUGAUUUUUCACUUCUUGUGCCUGGAUAUAAAAAUAAAUGACAAUA